AGAGCGGUGUCAUCAGCCGUAGUUUCACUGAGGACGCAGAGAAAAACAGCGGCUAGAAAGGGUGUUGGUUUCUUGAUAGGACGGUUUUUUUUCUUCAGCCGUCGUUGCUGUGAGGAUACGAAGAAGCAAAGCGAUUUCAGAUCGUUUUAACUAGAGAAGAAAUCACACCUCGGUUCGGACAGGAUUACAUUUAACGUUUCUCCAAACAGGGCUCACUCUGAGGUUAUUCCUGCUGCCUUUCUGGACCGUAAGCACCUUUGAGGACUGUUUCUGAAACCGCACUCAUCUCCUUUUUCUAUCCCCAUGGGGAAUGGACCAUCUGAACAGUCGAUGCUCUGCUCCAACAUGUCUUUCUUCCAAUCGUUUCACAUCGCCAUUCUGGGACUAGACUCUGCUGGAAAGACCACAGUCUUGUACAGACUGCAGUUCAAUGAGUUCGUGAACACUGUGCCCACUAAAGGUUUCAACUCGGAGAAGGUCAGAGUGGCCCUUGGGGGCAACCGUACUGUUACCUUUCACUUCUGGGAUGUCGGAGGGCAGGAGAAGCUCCGCCCCCUGUGGAAGUCAUACACCCGGUGCACAGAUGGCAUCAUCUUCGUGGUGGACUCUGUAGAUGUGGAGCGCAUGGAGGAGGCCAAGACUGAGCUGCAUAAAAUCACCAAGACAUCAGAGAACCAGGGGGUGCCCGUGUUAGUGGUGGCCAACAAGCAGGACUUGAGGACGUCUUUGGGAGUGGAUGAGAUUGAGAAACUGCUCGCUCUAAAAGAACUGGGCCCCGCCACGCCCUGGCACCUGCAGUCAUGCUGUGCUAUCAUUGGGGACGGACUAAGGGAGGGCCUGGACAAACUCCACGAGAUGAUCCAGAAGAGGAGAAAGAUGCUGCGGCAGCAGAAAAAAAAAAGAUAAACUAGAUAAAAAUGGAUUUUCUGCUGGUUUUUUAUGAAGGAACAAUCUUUUUUUUUUUCUCCCUGAGUGGAUUUCCAGUUCCACUGCAGGUUCAUAUUUACUGUGCUGAGUUUUAUCAGUCCAGAUUCCCGGUCACAGUCGGGUGCUUCUAAUGCUGUUGAUCAGGAAGUGAAGGUAAUGGGCUACAGUAUGAAGAGGUGAACGUUUCAGGCACGUGUGGAUGUGUUUUACAGAGGAACUACACAACGCUGAGGGUUUUUAGGGUCUGGAGGAGGGCAAAGCAGAUGUUUAAAGGAUUUCAAACAGUCGCUUUUUCAACAAUCUUACCAAAAAUAAUUCAAGGCUUUGACUAGUUGAAGGUCUGAAGGGAAAAAGAGGUUUAAACGACGUCGCACAAGAGAAGCAGUUGUAUUAAAGUGUUUCAAAUGUUAUUUGACGUUUUUCCACACUGGAUUUUUUUGUUUUGUUUAAAGAAAAGUAUUAUGAAUUAUUACAGUAUCCUCUGAUUGUUUGCUGUCUUUAUCUAGUAAAAAAAAAAGCACUUUAGAUGACCAUUUCUGGAGUUUACAGAUUAAAAUGGAUCAUAUUGCGUUUGAUUUUUAUAGAUAUAUUUGGACAGAAAAUACUAAUGUACAGUAGUUUUUCCACACUGGCUGAAAUCGGAAAAAAUAUAUAUAUGUAUAAUGUUUUGCUAAAUAAAGUUUGUUUCGGACAGUGA